UUAGAAGGGCUAUAGGCGUGUGGUUAAUGUUCAUGUGUUAAUGUUGGCGCGUGGUUGUUUGUUUCCUAGUGUUGAUUUGAUAUGACUUGCACGUUAAAAGUUAGUCAUGUGGCUGAGUAUAUUUAUAGUAUCAUUGAUGGGGUUUCAUCUAGAAUCUGUGCUGUCACAGUGUGGCCAGGAUCAAAUAGUGAAGAUGCCCCGGUUACCACAAUAGCACAAACACGACAGCCAGUGCUAGCUUUUGAUAGCGAGAUGGGUCGUUUUAAAGGGGCGAUUAUUAUAAAAUGUAAUGCGACAUCUGAAACAAAAUCAGAUAAUUACACCCUGUCCAUGGGUUAUUCCUGGUUUAAAAAUGGAAUAUACUGGAAUUUAUCUAAGAGUAGUAUUCUGAACAGUACAGAUAUUGAUUUAAGUUAUAAUGAUGAUGUAAUAUACUGUGUGACUACUGAUGAUCCUGGGUGUAUGACAGCUUUACAAGAUUUAAACUCUUCAUCUACUUUAAACACAAUAAAAACAGAUUCCAGAUGUGAGAAUGUUUUGGGAAUUUCUAACAAGUUUACCAUACGUGUAGAAUAUGGUCCGUAUAAUGUAAGCCUACAUCCAAGAAGUGAUAAUGUUACAGUAGUUAUUGGAAAUACAUUAUCAGUAAAUUGUACCAGUGAAUGUAACCCACCUUGUAAUAUCAGUUGGUAUAAAGAUGACGUGAUGUUGAGUAACCAGAAACAACUAAAUAUACUGGUUCGUAAUAUUUCAAACAAUGGAGAAUAUGAAUGUAGAGCAAGUAAUAAACAUGGUGCUACAAAUAAAUCUCUUAUUGUAAAAUUAGAGAAUGUGACUGUAGAUGAAGGUGUCGCCAGUGUUGUUGACAGUAUACCACUGGUCGUUGUUUAUAUUGUAAUACCAAUUUUCAUUAUAAUUGCACUAAUAAUCAUACUGAUAGUUGUCUACUGUAAGAAAAAGACCAAGAGCAAUAAAAAAAGUGAAAAGAUGAAAGAUACUGCUGAACUGAAUGCUGACAUCCCCUUGGUUACAUAUAAUAGACCUCCUACAAAUCGACCAGAAAAUAAUGUAACGUAUAUUAAGAGUUUGUUGGAAAAAUAUUCCAAAAUGUUGUACAGAGCAUAAUCAACCAAUAAUAGAGAGAAUUUAAUUUACGCCGAUUUACAGCUCGCAUGCCCACAGAGGAACAUAGUCCACAGUCAUAGCGGUGAUAGAGUUAUAUAUGAUAAGAUAGACUUCAGCAAGAUGGCGCCAACCCUCAAUCUACUAUAAAACCCCUACACCAAAGUUAAAUAUCCCAAAACGACAUUUAUUCUAAAAAGAUUUCAAGGAAGUCUCAUUUGCAGCAAAUUGUUUCAAUGGCAUUAAAAUUAGUAUUUGAACUGGAAAUGCACAGGACGUGAAUUGUAUAGAAUACAUUGACUGUUUAUUCCUGUGUGACGUUACGACUUGACUUCUCCAAUCUUCAUCAAGCCAGUACAAAAUAUGUAUUCAGUAGGCCGAUAGAUUAAAAUAGUUUGUCACAGCUAAGAACGAUCUUGAUGAAAGGGUCGAUGUGCAAUAUUUCCCGAUCUAACAGGGGUUCUUCUUAAUCACAUGUCUAAUACGCCAUACGCACUGCACUGUAGGGUAAGUUUGAAACUGUAGGAUAAAUCCUAAACUGUAGGAUACAUCCUUAACUGCAGGGUAAAUCUGAAAUUGUAGGAUAUAUCUGUAGGCUAAAUCUUAAACUGUAGGAUAAAUGUUAACUGUUGGAUACAUCUGAAACUGUAGUGUAAAUCUGAAACUGUAGAAUACAUAUGUAGGCUAAAUCUUAAACUGUAGGUUUAUCUGAAACUGUAGGAUAAAUGUUUAACUGUAAGAUACAUCUAAAACUGUAGGAUGAAUGUUAAAUUGUUAAACUGUAGGAUACAUCUUAAACUGUAGGAUAAGUGUUAAACUGUAGGUUAAAUGUUAAUGACGUUGAUCCCUUCAAUAUUAUGAUAAUCCUCAUAUUUUAUUAAAUUGUUCCAAAACCUCAA